ACGUUAUACGCGGGUGUGCUGCGAGUACGGCGAUACGGGUGUCGCCGCGGACUGGACACUGAUUUUUUCCCGAUUUGAGUGUUGGAUUAGGCCUAGGCGUUCCAUUGGGGAAAAUGGCCGAUUAUGAGAGCGUUUUGUGUGUGAAACCUGAAGCUUUUGUCUAUAAAAUUCCUCCGAGGGCUACAAAUAGAGGAUAUAGAGCUGCUGACUGGAAACUUGAUCAACCAGAUUGGACAGGGAGGUUAAAGGUCAUAGCAAAAGGAAAAUCAUGUUUUGUCAAAUUAGAAGAUAAAUCAACAGGUGAGCUGUUUGCAGAAUGUCCAGUAGAUGCCCAUCCUGGUAUGGCUGUUGAAGGUGUAAUGGAUUCUAGUAGAUACUUUGUGCUUCGUAUUCAAGAUGGAACAGGUAGGAAAGCUUUCAUUGGUGUUGGUUUUGCAGACAGAGGAGAUUCUUUCGAUUUUAAUGUUGCUCUUCAAGAUCAUUUCAAAUGGAUUAAACAAGAGAAGAAGAUUGAGGAUGAACAAAAACAAGCUGCUUUAGACCCAGGCCCAAAAUUGGAUUUAGGAUUUAAGGAAGGACAAACUAUUACCAUCAAUUUAGGAACUAAGAAGGCAGCAGCUAGACCUAGGGGAUCAGGAAUGUCAGGAGGAGCACCGGGUUUAUUACCACCUCCUCCAGGGGCUAAAGGAGGCAUUAUAGCGCCACCACCAACUAGGCCUUCCAACCAACCCAGCCAAGGUGUAGGAGCUUUCGGUCCACCGCCACAGCAGCAGCAUAGCCAACCAGAUAUAUUAGGUGGAUUUGCAUCACAACCAAGUAAACAAAACCCAAACAUCGACCUCCUUGGAGGAGUGAGUUCAUCAACUCCGCAACAGAACUCCGAUUGGGGUGACUUCACAAGUGCAAACACACAGCCAUCUUCAAAUUCCAAUCAAGGAGGAUGGGUACAGUUCUGAAAAUGUUUCCAUAAAUAAGAAUGGCAACUAUUCUGAUGAGACUUAAUAUACACUCAUCAUGCAAUAGUUUCAUUAAUUAGUCAUUCCAUUAUAGUGUCAUACUACCCAACCCAUGAAUUUUUCCAGGUUAAAGGUCAGAGGUUAAUGGUAUCCUGCACGUUUUUGAAUGUACCAUUUUGUACAGAUAAUAAUAGUGCUGGUAAUGCUCAUUCCUAGUGUCAUCUGACAUCACUGUUAGAGUUAACCUUUGACAUGUGAGUGUAGGAAUUGGACUAAUUUAGAUACCCUACCAACAAAGAAAGGUUCUGUUGUAUGCUCCCAUUCCAAUUGCCAUACUUUUGUUGAUAGCCUUUGAAGCUAUAGCAAGGCAAUUUAAUUAUGGAGCACAUUUGAUGUUAAAUAUAUUCCUAUAUUACAUGCAGUAUGCAGUACAUUAAAAAAUAUAGUGUGCUUAAGUGAAUAUUAAUCACAUAAAAUUCACCAGUAAUUAACAUUUAUUCACAUUCUGAAUCACUUUUUAACUGCACCUGAUGGAUCUGGGAAGCAAAAAAAAAAUCAUCAAUUUCUGAUGAUAGUGUCGAAUGUAUGAUUUUAUAAUAAAAACAGUGGUUUAUUGAGUGAUUUCAGAAGUCUACCUCUUGAAGGAAAAAAUAUAUACUGAAAUGCAAGAUAAUGUAAAAUACAUAUUAGGGAGCCAAUACUAUAGCCAAUAAUCGAUUCAUACUGACCAGUAAACUGCUCCCUGUACUGUUUUGACUACAUUAUUUUCUUAUAUUAAAUGUUUAUUUUUGAAAUUUCUUCCAAUAAGUCAAAAUGUGAUAGUUCCAAAAUUAUAUAUAGUUUUAAAGUCAUUCAAUUGUUAAGUACUGUAUACAAAGAGAGGUGUCGCAUAUCAUUCUUUUGUGUAAACACCUGGUAAGUGGUGGAAAGGCAGAAGAUAUAGCUGCAGUAGCUGUUUAUAUUUUGCAUUCAAAUGUAAUAGACCAGCAAGUAGUUGCAAUUAUUGGUUAGCCCUCUGCAAUGUUUAAUAGUAUCCGUUUCUUUGUCACAAAAUUAAGAUUAAAAAUGCAUAUUUAAAUAUGUAUGUCACAAUUUCGGAACUGAAUCAAGAUUCAAUCAGUCAUCAGAUUCUUGAUGAUGACAUAAUUAAUGUCGAAAUAUUGAAUUCAAAGUGUGUGCCUGCUUUCCACUCGGUGAAUUUAUUUUUGCGAAUCGAAAGUCUUGGUUCAUGCGCAUUCAAAUCUCCAUAGGAGUUUUUCGCUUCAGCGAAAUCAAUAGUUCAAACUGUUUCUACUUUUUGCGAAGCAAUAAAAUGCGCAAAUAGUGUGCUCUCGAUUCAUGCGAAUAAAUUCGGCUAAUGGAAAAUAGGCCUUAUAAAGCUUGAGAAACUUUUUUUGUUGUGCUAUAAUUCCUAUUUGGAAAUAGUAUAGUAGAAAUAUUUACAUACAGAAUUUAGUUCUCCCAAUAGUAUGUAUUCUGAAAGUAAUUAUUAUUCAGCACCAGUUUUUUUUUUUUUUUAAAGCCUCUCAUACAGUUUUUUUUUUUUUUUUUUUUUUUUUAAAUUUGCAACCUUGUAUUUUGAAAAUAUAAUUUUAUAGCAGUUCAUUCAUAAAACUGAAUUGUAAGACACUUAAUUUCUUUCUUGCAACUAUUGUUUAGAUGGUAUUAAAUUAACAGUUGUUUGAAUUUGAAUACUAUUGAUUGAAAUCUGGCAACAGAAUUGCCAUAGCCUGUACUUCUAUUAUCGGGUGGAUACUCUAUUAAAAGCAUAAAAUAAAUACAUAAAUAUUGUUAAAUUUUUAAGCAUAAAAUAAAUACAUAAAUAUUAGCAGUGCUUAAGAAUAUAAUAAUAUUGGGGUCUCGCCCAAAAAUUAGUCUUGUGAUUAUGUUACGUAAAACCUUGAAUAAAAGCCUUGGCUUCUUAUAAAGCACCCUCGGAUGGACUUCUUUUCAAAAUUACAUUUGCAAACUCAAAUGAGGGGCUUCAUUCCAAAAUGAAAGCUGUAAAUUUUUGAAUUACUAUUCUAUGGAACUCGAACUUCUGUUUAAUAUUUUCUAAAUUGCUAGUGCAAUUUAUUGAUAAUGACACGCUACCAUAAUCAUUAAAAAUAAUGUCAGUCUGAAAAGUAAAUUAUUUUUGCGAGCUGAUGAUAAGGCUUCUUUUUGAGAUGGGCUGGUUAACGAGAUUAAGCCCAUAGGGAUUCUAUUCGAGGUUUUACAGUAUUUGGGUAGAAGGUUUGAAUGGCUUUCCUAAGAUACUGUAAGUAGUUCCAGAGAUGCAAGUGUUUUAAAAUUUCGAUGUAUGAGAAUCUGGUUUUGAAAAAGAAAUCGGCCUCAAAGAUAAUAUGACCUAUACAAAUAAUAAGAUUAGAAGUACAGAAUAUGCACGGAGAACACUUUUGUAGUAAAAAAUUAGCGUAAAAGGCAAACUAUCAUAAACUGUAAGUACAGUUCAUCCUCAAGUCCUCAAUUCCAGAUCACUUUAAAGUACCAAUGAACAAUAUUCAAUAUCUUACACAAAACUUGCCCUCAAAUUGGAGACCAAACCACCAGACAUACAUUUUUUAGGCCAAAAAGGUGGUCUUAAAUUGGAAAAAAAAAUUAAACACUAAAUUUGGAAAAAAUUUGAAAUUUGACCUAUUUUUGUGAUUACCUUAAUAAUGAUCUCACAAAUGAUGCACCUUUGAGGUGAGUCCUCGGAUGUUCAAGAUAGAAAAUGAUCUGUAUUGUGUGUUUAUAUAUUCAUGUGUUUUGUAAAAUCUGUUAAGUAUAUCUACAAAUGGCUUAUGUACUGAUGAACUUGGGUGAUCAGUGGUGGAUUCAGGUGGGAAGCUGGCCCAGGCUCCCCCUAAAUAUUAUGGGGAAAUUUCCGAAUUUUUCUUACCUCAGCCCCAACCAUGGUGGGGAUGAGGUGGUGUAGAACCUCCGCAUGUGAAAGUUCCUUCCUGGGCCCCCUCUAUUUCGAAUUUCUAAUUUGCAUGAGUGCUGAUAUAACACUGUAGAUGAUUGCUCAUGAUUUUAAUGGCUAUUUCAAUUGUAAAUGUGCUCAUGUUAUUUUGUCAAGGCAAGUGAUACUCAUGAGUUUUGUAAGUGCAAGCAUAGGUGGAUUCAGUCGUGGAGGGGGCAGUGGAGACAGGUGGCCUGGGUGCCCCUAAAUUUUUCAAAAUUAAAGAUAAAAUGGGUGAAAUGAAAAUAAAAUUUUAUAUUUUUAGCGUGAGAGUGCCAUUUCUGAGCCCUUCUAUUUCGAAAUUCCUGAAUCUGCUAGUGGCUAGUAAUAUUGUGCUUAUAUAAACAUUAAAUAACUGUCUAAUGUCGUUGAUAAUUCAAAUAUUGUUAGUACUGUAUAUACAAUCAUUUUCAAGUUUUGGGGAAGAUAUGUUGGAAAAUAGUAACCGUAUGUACAAUUAUUUUCUGGGAAAAAUCACUGAAGGCAUGGCUCCAAAGUCUUGUAUGUUUUCCAACAGCACCCAAAAUAACUAGGAAUAUAUUUGCUUUAUAACUUUCAAGUCAAUCACCUUGUUAUCUCAUCUAGCUAUUAAUUGUCUUUGCCAACCAUGUAGGCCAGUAGCAAGAAUGGUUAGACCUGUCAUCGGCAUUUAGCUGGCCAUGACAGUGUGGUGUGAUAAAUAAUAACCAGGUUUAUUGAAGCUUUUUGCCAACAAGCCACACAACAUACUUAGCCAAAUUAGUGUCCAAUCAGGGAUAGAAAGUUUUUGUGAAGUGAAAAAUGAUAAUGUCAUGAUUGACUUAAAUGAUUAUUAGACUUCAAAAUUGUAGUGCUCAUCAUGAACAUUUAGAAAACCAGCAAGUUUGAUAGUAAUAGACUUUUAAAAAUGUUAA